AUGUAUGGAAUCCUGCACGCUGGUGGCGUCUAUUGCGGUAGAUGUCUUGUUCGCCCGUCUCCGGCGCCUGGGAGGUCUUGCCCGCACUGCUACGCCAUGAGGACCGCUGACACGCUGAGGAGAAGGAUGGAGGCCUUGAUCCGACGGGCCAAGAUCAACUUGCAAGCCACGAUUGACGUAGUUCCCGUCGAAAACCAAGAGCAGGACGCCGAAGCUGCUGCUCAGGCGGUUGACAACGCGCAUUUGGCUUGUAUCCAAUCCUCGCCCAUUUUGGAGGCUGCAUUCGAGAUUUUGGCCCGUAUGCACGGCAUCCAUGUGGAGAAAGCAGUGGAGGCUGAGGGUGUGCUCAUUGCGGCCCUUACCAGGACCGAAGAGGUAACCAACCUCGUGGCAGACGCCUUACUCGCGGUCGUUCCUCGUCAGGCUGGGCUGGGUUAA